CUAUUUUUAUGUAAACAGCCAAACACGCCACUAAACAGGUAACAGUAGUGUUUAUAAGGUAACAGUAACGUUCAAAUUAAUCAAAUUCAAAUGGGAAAAAACCCCAAAACCUAAAAAAACCCUCCCAUAAUUUCAAAAAAGUUACCGAAAAAUCGGAUAUCUGUAGCUUUCAUCUCUUCCAUUUCAAGCAGAACAAUCCCCAAAAUCUCUGUUCUUCUUACGUUUUUUGUCGCCGAUUGUGGACAAAAUCCCUAAUUAGCCCCCACAAAUUCACCACCCCGCCGGAAUCUAGCUCCGAAAUGUCACCUCCGAUAACUUCUCCACACAAACCCGAUUUCCCUUCGAUGCAGGGUUUUAAUUUUUCUGCAGGUUCAACUGAUGCUGCUGGAUUUAAUCACUCGAAAAUCGGCCCUGAAAAAUCGAAUAUUUCGAGUCGGUCGAGGCCUAGGCUGAUGAAGAUAAGGAGGAAACAAAUGGCGGCUCAUCAAGAUGGAAAAUCUGUGAAAGGUGAUUUGGGUUUGAAUGGGUUUAGUGAUUUUAGUGGUGGGAUUAAGUUUGACGCUGAGUUGAGGAAUGAGUCUGAGGGUAGUAAUGGAAAUUCUGAGCCAAAUGGGAGUGUGAGGGUGGGUGAUUCAAAUGGGAACAUUGAUCAACAUGGGAAUGGAUUAGGUUUUGGUGGUAAUUUGAAUGAUUCUGUAUUUGGUUUGGGAUUGGGAAGUGGGAAGACCUUGUUUGGUUCUAGCAUUAAUAACUCCACAAGCAGUUUAUACUCGAAUAAGGGUGAAUUUUUGUUUCCGUCGAGCAAAGAUAGCUCAAAUGUAGACUCGGAGAAAGAAACUGGGAGUUCCCUAUUUGGAGCUUCUAAGGCUGGUUCUGUGACGAAUGUGGAUUUGCCAGGUGGGGUUUCUGUUUCGGGUCAAAAUAAGAGUGGAUUGCCGAUGGAUACAAAUUCGGGAAGACAGCAGUUUGUCUUCGAUGUUGCUGGAAAUGAGUCUGGUUCAAAUUCAAAUUUCAGAGGAGAAGAGUCUAGAGGAAAUUUGGGGCAAUCAGAGGUUCAUGAGUUCCAUGAAUCUGAUCACACUGAAUUUGUGUUUGGUUCACAUAAGUAUGACCCAGCCUCACGGAACUUAGACCAGCAAGAUUCAAAGAAGUCCGAUUUGCAUUUUAGUGUUGGUGAGUUUGGGAACCUUGACAGUGCGAAAUUUGUAUUUGGUGCAGCAACGAGUGCAUCUUCAUUGUUCAGUUUAAAUCUAGAGAAGCAAGAAUCUGGGAAAGUCAUGGACAACGGUGAGUCUGAUAAAGGUGCUCAAAAUGCCGAACCUGAUAUGACGGGUAAAGUUGAAUUGGAUGCUGCUGGAGAUUCCAAAAAGGUCUGUCAUCCUUGCUCUCAGUUCUCAUUUAAUUGGAACGACAUUAGUAGCGAAAAUAAUGUAAAAUUUGUGUUUGGUUGGAAUGAUAGUGAUUCUAAAUUAGGCACGGAUUUGGAAAAAAAAUCCAUUCCUCCAAGUGUGGGUACGUCUAGCUUUACAGAUAGGGCCAGUGGUGUUUUUGUUUUUGGAGGACCCAAAGGCAAAGAGCAUUGCAAUUCUGAUGGAACUAUCAAGUUUUUUAGUGGCAUGGAUCAAUUGAAUGGGGGGAAAACGGAAGAUUGUAAUGGUUCCAGGCAGGAUAACCGUAGUACUGGUUCAAAUAUUGACUCUAAAUUUCAAAACAAUAAUAGUUCAGGUGGCUCUGUUGAGAAAGGUCCUGCAUUUAGUAUAUCAGAAGAGAUGAAGCGAUUGAACGUCGGUGAAUCUGAAGUUGAUUCUAACAAUACUAACUUUUCUGUGAAUAACAAUAAUGUGUUUGUAUUUGGAAAUGACCAGAAAAAGUCUGGUUUUGAAAAGGAGAAUCCUCCGGUAAAUAUGAAUGAGGCGAUUCCAGAUGUGAGUCACUCGACACGCAAUAACUCCGAGUCAAACAGACCUUCUUCAUCUUUGUUCCCAUCUGUUGUUGGAAUAGACAUCCAAUUAGAUGGGGAAUUUAGUGAGGCACCAUCUAUGAAUAAAAAUGAGAAAGAUAGUAUUAGUUUGGCAAGCAAAGUGGCUGAAUUAGGGUUGUCGGAUGCAGAUUGUAGCACACCAAAUACGAAAUUUGUCUUGUCAAACUUCAAUUUAUUCCCUGCCAUAAAUAAGAAGUUGGAUAAUACAAAUAGUAAGCUAUUGGGUAGCAGAAGAUCAAAGAAGAGAAACGGAAAGACAAAGCAAAAACCUGUGGUCCAUCAGUUUUUUAGCCAGGAUAGUGUGUCUAAAGAAGACAGUUCACAGUUAAAUCACAUGUCUCCUGGUUGGGGUUCACCCAUGGAUUUUUCACCUUAUCAAGAUACUAGUGCUAGUAAUACUUCGCAGGCAUAUAUUGAUACUGGUACUAAACUAGAAUUUUCACUGAACGAGAAACCUAAACCCUCUGAAAGGCCUCAUGAUGAAGAGAGCGGGUCAAAUUUAUCUCCUUCAUUACCUGCACAAGAUGGCCUGUCGGCCAUAAGACGACAAUACAAGGUAAAGAAGUAUAAGUUGAAAGAUCGUUUAAAUCAUACAGUCCAAGGCGGUAAUUCUGACAAGGAAAAUGCUGAGCAAGAAUCUGUGGGAACUGCAACUCAUGAAUUAUGCGAGCACUGGCGAACAAGGGGAAACCAGGCUUAUCAUGCUAGGAAACUUUCUAUAGCUGAGGAGUUUUACUCAAUGGGAAUCAAUUCUGUCCAACAUGUCAAUAUCCUAGGAUACUCCAUGAAGCCACUUCUACUCUGCUAUAGCAACCGUGCUGCCACACGAAUGUCACUUGGGAGAAUGAGAGAAGCCUUAGAAGAUUGCACAAAAGCUACUGAACUAGACCCAAAAUUCUUGAAAGUUACAUUAAGGGCUGGAAAUUGUUAUUUGGUGUUGGGAGAAGUUGAGGAUGCUAUUCAGUGUUACACAAAAUGCUUGAGUGCUGACCUGUGCUUAGAUAGGAAAGCUACAAUUGAAGCUGCUGAUGGCCUGCAAAAGGCAAAGAGAGUAGCUGAAUACAUGGAUCAGUCUGCCAAACUAUUGUUGGAAAGAACCGAUACCGCUGCAAACAGUGCUCUAGUGAUCAUCGGGGAGGCGUUGUCAGUAAGCCGUUACUCAGAGAGAUUGCUCAAGAUGAAAGGAGAUGCUCUAUGCAUUCUGCGGAUGUAUGACAAGGUGAUUCAACACUGUGAACAAACUCUAGAUAUUGCCAGAAAGAAUUUUGGUGCUGAUCAAUUGAUGUUGUGGAGGUCCCACCUGCUGGCCAAGUCCCACUAUUGUCUAGGAAGGCUUGAACUGGCUCUUGAUUUGAUUGAAAAACAAGAAAAGUUGCCUGUCAGCUCCGGGUCUGGGGAUGUGAGUCAGGAAUCAAUUGCUUUAGCUGCCACUAUACAAGAACUCUUGGGCUUGAAAAAAUUGGGAAAUGAAGCCUUUAAUUCCGGAAGGUAUACCGACGCUAUAGAGAAUUAUAAUGCUGCUAUAUCGAAAGGUUUCGAGUCACGCCCUUUCUUGGCUGUCUGCUUUUGCAACCGUGCUGCUGCAUACCAAUCAAUAAGCCAAAUUGUUGAUGCCAUUGCAGACUGUAGUGUAGCUAUCGCUCUCAAUGAAAAUUAUGAAAAGGCGAUUUCAAGGAGAGCUACUUUACACGAGAUGAUUAGGGACUAUAAGCAAGCAGUUUAUGAUCUUCAGAGACUGAUCUCUCUUCUUGAAAGUCAAUCACAAACCAAAAGUCAACAAAAUGUUACUCAAAGUAAAUCAGGUGGAGGCAGUGUGAAGGAUUUAAGAAAAGCUCGCCGUCGUCUUUCAUCACUUGAAGAAAAGUCUAAAAAGGAAAUUUCUCUGGAUCAUUACCUUAUUUUGGGAAUCAAAGCAUCUGAUGCUGAAUCUGAUAUCAAGAAAGCAUAUCGAAAGGCAGCUCUCAGGCAUCAUCCAGACAAGGCUGGUCAGGUCUUUGCAAAGAGUGAUGUUGGAGAUGAUGGAACAUUAUGGAAGCAAUUUGGCGAGAAAAUAUACAAAGAUGCUGAUAGGCUAUUCAAAACAAUUGGAGAGGCGUACGCUGUACUUUCCGAUCCCUCCAAGCGAUCGAAGUAUGAUAGUGAAGAAGAGUUGAGGAAUAUUUACAGGGAUUCUGGACGCCCGUCAACUUCUUACAGUUCCCCAUUUGAACGAGGAAGUGGUUGGUCUGGAAGACAAGCAGCAGGUUUUAGUACUUCAUUUGAGAGAAACAAUAAUAGCAGGCGGAAUUGGAAUGAAUCAAGAUCACAUUCACGGUGGCAUUGGGAAGACUUGUAAGCUGUUUAUCAUGACCGACUAAAGGAAUAUUCUAGAUUCCGCUGAGAAAUUUUUUGGGUUCGAAACUCGCCAAUUUUUUGUUAAAUCCCACUGGUAGUAGUGGUAUUGGAUAGUUAUACUUGGUAUAACUAUGAUGGCUGCUGAUAAUGCCAUGUUAUAAUGAAGAUGAGUGUAAUAGAUAGAGCACAUUGAUAUUGAUGAUGAAAUCUUUGGGGAUGAAUUAUAUAAUCUUUGUAUAAGUAAAGGUCAAUUAUUUUGGCGUUAUAUAGGGACAAA